AUGGUACUGUACAGCCCAUAUAAGGCAGCUCUGAGGUGUAUCAUACCGUCUCUCCGCAUCACUCCCCAGGCCAACUACUCCUCACAGACCUCCAAUACUUCCAAGAAAACCCCACAGCCACACCUGCGCAACGGCGCUCCAUCUGCCCCGGGUCUCCCAGAUACCCUCCGUUCCUCACUCACCGCAGCCCCAGAGACACCCGGUCUCCAGAAAACAACUUCAACGCACCCUCUCGAAGCUCGCCUGCUAAAUUGGCGUCAAACCCAAGAUGCUAUGAAGAUGGAGUCCAUUCGACGGAUACAUGGCAUGGCCGAACCAGUACGACGUGGUAUGGAGCUGAAGAUUGUUCGUGACAGCCAGUGGAAACCUGCUGUCUUGGGCGGGAAUAUGCACGGAAGUAUACAUGAGGAUAUCUUGUCUCUGGGAGGGAGAGAGGCGGAGGUUACGUGGGAAGAUGUUUACCCUGGAGAUGAGCUUCGUGAACCUCCUAGCUUCCAUGAUGAGUUGGAGCACAGAUUGAAGAUGAACUGA